AUGCAUUUGGAUAUAAUAAUUUUCAGAAGCUUGAACCUAUUUGACUUUUUGUAUGGUAAAUUUUGGUGGUCGACACAACGCGCGACUAUCGAGUGUGGUUUUUGUAACAUGGAACAGUCUAUGCGGGAGCUUAGAUUAGAAAAUGGCAGUCGUGAAGGUGACUACGGAUAUGUUUACGCUGUAUCAGGUCCAGUUGUCACUGCUUCAUCCAUGGCUGGUUCUGCUAUGUACGAAUUAGUUCGUGUUGGACACGAUGAAUUGGUUGGAGAAAUUAUUCGUUUGGAAGGUGAUCUGGCCACCAUUCAGGUGUACGAGGAGACAUCUGGUGUAACUGUCGGUGAUCCUGUUCUUAGAACUGGUAAACCUUUAUCAGUAGAACUGGGACCUGGCAUAGUUAACAAUAUUUUUGACGGUAUUCAACGCCCUUUAAAAGGCAUUUGUGAUUUAACCAGUUCAAUCUAUAUACCAAGGGGUGUAAAUGUUCCUGCGUUAGAUCGAAAAGUUGAAUGGGAAUUUAUUCCUACACCAGGUUUAAAGCCUGGGAUGCAUAUAACUGGUGGUGAUAUUUAUGGUGUUGUACCAGAAAAUACAUUAGUUCAACAUCGAAUUAUGCUUUCACCUAAAGCACAAGGUACAGUUAGAUGGAUCGCUCCAGCUGGACACUAUACAUUAUCGGAUAAAAUAUUAGAAAUCGAAUUCGAUGGACAAAUCAGUCAGCAUACUAUGCUACAAGUAUGGCCAGUACGUCAACCUCGUCCAGUAGCUGAAAAACUACCUGGUAAUCAUCCACUUCUAACUGGUCAACGAAUAUUGGAUGCUUUAUUCCCGUAA